UAAGAAAGUGAAGCACCAAGGAAGAGGAUAUUUCUAGAUCUAAUGGAGAAGAAGAAGAGCAGAGGGAGUGUGAAGGGGAACCAGGGUGGCCGGAGGGACAGGCGAUCGGCAACGGGGAUGAACGGCGAGCCGAAGAAGGGUGGACAUGGUGGUAAGUUCACCUGGGUUGGUACCCAGACCUAUUCUGAGAAAGAGUUCAUCAAUGGAGUGCUGGAGAUUGAAGCUGUGGAUGCUAAGGAUCCAAACUUUGAAGAUCCACUUGAACUUCUUCAAGAAGUGGCUUGAUAAUAAAACUCUGUUUUUCCCCUUUU